GUUAUUAUCGAUGGCAGUUGCUGUCUACAGACGUUCUCACAUGCGCCAAGCUGUCAAAUCAUAUUUCAAAGUUCAAUUUUUGUGAAAUGGGGGCUAUAAUAAAUUUAAGUAAAAUAAAUAUUCAAUUUUUAGGCAUUAAUCUCAGAAUAGUUAAUAUACACAGAAAAUUUACUCAAUUUCAUUCCAAACGAAACUUACACCCCACAUCUUCUUAUUAUAAUUCAAGGUGGUGCACUACAAAUAAGGAACAGCCACAAGAAAAAUCCAAAUCCAGUGGUGGUAUUUUGGCGUUUACAUUGAAAGGAGCUUUCAAUAGCACUCCCAAAAGUCAACCUGUUAGGGGAUGUUUUCACCCAGGAGCUUCAGUUCUCUCUCGAGAAUCAUUACCUUUGAAAGACCAAGAUGUUGUUUCUGGAAGACAAAUGAUGCAGAGUAUGUUACAAUAUAUCUGGCCAAAAGAUGAUAAAAUGAUAAGAGACAGGGUAAAACUCGCAGUAGGAUUACUAAUAGCAGCUAAGGCAGCAAAUGUAUGUGUCCCAUUUACAUUUAAAUAUGCUGUAGAUUAUCUGAAUGCCAGUUCUACAUUAAAUAUGGACUCGGCUCCUGAAACAGCAACUACAAUAGCCAUAAGUCUCCUAGUUGGAUAUGGUAUUGCAAGAAUGGGAGCAACAGGUUUCAAUGAACUCAGAAAUGCAGUAUUUGCCAAAGUUGCUCAAGGAUCUAUUAGAAAAAUUGCCAAAAACGUGUUUCUUCACUUACAUAAUCUAGAUUUGGGAUUCCAUCUUCAAAGGCAGACAGGAGCUCUGUCAAAAACAAUUGACAGAGGAUCACGAGGGAUUAACUUUGUUCUAUCAGCCAUGGUUUUUAAUAUUGUUCCAAUAGUAUUUGAACUAUCUCUGGUCUCUGCUAUAUUGGGCCUCAAAUGUGGAGCAGCUUUUGCAGAUACUCUGAUGAAUGUAUUGUUUUCAGGAAAUUUGACUGUUGGAGAUCUAGUAAUGGUGAAUGGUUUAUUGUUCCAGCUAUCCGUUCCUUUGGGAUUUUUGGGUAGUGUGUACCGAGAAGUUAGACAGGCUUUAAUUGAUAUGCAAACUAUGUUCACUCUCAUGACCAUGGAUAGUGCCAUCAAGAAUAAACCAGGUGCUCCUUACCUUCAUGUAGAUACUAAAAAUACAGCCAUCAAAUUCGAAAACAUUUCUUUCGAAUAUGGACCAGGAAAGGAAAUUUUCAAGAAUUUGAAUAUGACCAUUCAACCUGGUAAGAAAGUAGCCAUUGUUGGUGGGUCGGGAUCAGGCAAAUCCACUCUGGUGAGGCUCCUCUACAGGUUCUAUGAGCCAACAGAAGGACGUAUCAUCAUCGGUAAUAGUGACAUCCGUGAUGUAGAUGUUGAGAGUCUUCGUCGUUCUAUUUCUAUUGUUCCUCAGGACAGUGUUCUCUUUCAUGAUACAAUUAAACAUAACUUGCAUUAUGGCGACCUUAAAGCUACAGAUGAAGAGGUCAUAAAAGCUGCCCAGUUGGCAGAAAUUCAUGACUCCAUAAUAACUUGGCCGAUGGGAUACGAUACUCAAGUUGGAGAAAGAGGGUUGAAAUUGAGCGGUGGAGAGAAACAAAGGGUAGCCAUAGCCAGAGCCAUUUUGAAAAAUUCUCCUAUUUUGGUGUUUGAUGAGGCAACAAGUUCCUUGGAUUCAAUAACUGAACAAAAUAUCCUGAAAGCUUUGAGGAACGCUACUCAAGGUCGCACAAGCAUCUGUAUUGCCCAUCGUCUGAGCACUAUUAUGGAUGCUGAUGAAAUAAUCGUUUUGGAAAAUGGAAAAGUAGCCAAUAGGGGUACUCACAACUAUCUUAUGGAAGACCGGAAUGGACUUUACUUCAAGUUAUGGGAUACUCAGAAUCAUAAAGGAGAUAAAGUGAAAGUUAGUGAAAGUAAAAGAUCACAUCAAACAUUGUAAUCGAAUUUUUCAUUGAGGUCUGACUUGGUUUUUAGAUAAAAUAUUCAGAAAGUAAUUUUGUGAAAACUACUAUAAGUAAUAAUUUAAUUGUAAAUAUUAUGUAAAGCCAUAACAUUGGAAGAGAAUAAAUAUGUUUUAUUUUAAAUAGAAAA